AAACUCCUUCCUCUAGUAACUUUCUUCUAGGGUAAACAAAUAUUUCCAGUACUGGCGGUGAAUAACGGAACGCACAAGUCAGCUUACGUCGUGAUAAUUUGUUCUAUUAGUGGAUGUAAAUUCAACAAAAGAAGAGGAAGAAGAAUCUGUGCGCGUGGCUGUGUUAAUUACUUUCGUUAUUCUAUAUCGUAGUGUGUAUUGUUUUCAUAUUCUCUCACUGCAAACAUUUAUGGAGAAUAAAAUGUCAGACUCGGACAUGGUAAUUGAUGAGAAAGAUUCUUCAGAUUUAUUCACGAAUGUAAAAUCACCAACAAACCUAAGUACUGACAUUGCCAAUUCAGAUUCAGAUUCUAUGUCUGUUUAUAUUAACGAACCAGAACUCUCUGAUGACACACCUGAAUGGAAGGGUAUGAGCAUGAAUGAUAUACGUAAAGGUUUUGGCACAUAUGAAUAUCAAGAACAUCCACCAAUUGUUCCAGCUGCUAAGCAUACAGUUUUGUUUAGGUUACCAUUGUCUAUGCAUGAACCACCCAAGCCUUAUCCGACACAUAAAAUAGACAAGUGGAGCCAUGGAUAUGUACGAUUGCCAUGUUCUGCUCAUUGUUUUUAUCCUGUAGAUCAGAAUUUAUCAUUAAAAUCGCGAUUUUUGGAGUAUAAAAGAAAGAAUACUAGAUUGAUGAGAUACUUAAGAGAUAUGAUAAGAUACUUAGACUGCAUAUUUCAGAGAAGUGGAGAUCGUAGCUGUCGAAAUAGAUGGGAUAUGAUCCAGGAAGCUUUGCUGAGAAACAUUCUCUCCAGUCAGCAAUUGGAAAGUGCUAUACUUUUUUAUAAUCAAAUAUAUGCACAACGUUGGAAUUUUACAGCUCUCCAUCACUUUUUUUCAGAGGUCUUGGACUCGGAAGAAACGGCCGUUUUCUUUAAAACUUUAAUGCCAAAAAUGGUUCAGCUUGCUCUGCAACUUCCUAUGUUGUUAACUGGUGCAAUACCUCUUCUGAAACGUCACACUAAUGGCUCUAUUAGUUUAAGCCAAUUGCAAGUAGCUUCGCUACUAGCAAAUGCAUUUUUUUGUACAUUUCCUAGACGCAAUUCCAGUAAUCCACAAUCGGAAUAUGCAACGUAUCCAUAUAUUAAUUUUAAUAGAUUAUUUGCCUCUUAUAAGGAAAACGCUUUCGAGGAAAAAUAUAAUCAAUCAGUGAUGGAAAAAAUUAAGUGUCUUCUUCAUUAUUUUAGGAGAGUCACAACUAAGGCACCUGAAGGUGUAAUAACAAUCGAACGGCGUUACAUUCCAUGUGAAAAUUGUCCGAAAUGGAACUUACAGGAUCAAAAAUUGCCACCACUGCAUAUAACAAGUAAAGGAACUAUUGAAAAUGAAGGAGCUGGACUGCUUCAAGUGGACUUUGCAAACAAAUAUGUAGGCGGAGGUGUGCUAAGCUUAGGAUGCGUACAAGAGGAAAUACGAUUUGUUAUAUGUCCAGAACUUAUGAUCACUAUGUUAGUUACGGAAGAAUUAGAUGACACAGAGGCCCUUAUCGUCAGUGGUAUUGAGCGAUACAGUAAAUAUGAAGGAUAUAGUAAUACCUUUAAAUGGAAAGGAGAUUUCGUUGAUGAGACACCAAGGGACGAUAGUUAUAGACGUAUGACGUCAAUCGUUGCCAUUGAUGCCCUUUAUUUUAGGCAACCUUCGUUACAAUUCAAAAUCGACAAUAUAACUCGCGAACUCAAUAAGGCUUAUGUUGGAUUCGUCGGAUCUGAUAUUUAUAAGAAUAAUCUAUCAGCUAUUGCAACGGGAAAUUGGGGAUGCGGAGCAUUUCGUGGAAAUCCGAAAUUAAAAGUAUUGAUACAAUUAAUGGCUGCUGCAGUUGCAGAUCGACCUAUGGUUUAUUUUACUUUUGGAGAUACAAAGUUGAGAGAUGAUGUGGCAGCAAUGUAUGCACAUCUAGUUCAGCAUGAUAUUGAUAUAGCGCGACUUUAUUCAAUGCUAUCAGAAUAUCAUCAAGAAUCUGCAUCAAGUGACCAUUCGGAUUUUUAUUGUUUCUUGUACAACAAAAGCAGGAUAAAGCCGUUGAGCAAAUACUUUCCGACAAAGAGUAAAAAUUCGUUGACCAAUAUUUUUGCCAAAAAUUCGAAAGUCACGUUAUCUCAAAGAAGCAAAAAUGUGGCAUUGAAUAAAGAAGUUAACAAACAUAUUUGUGAAAUGACAGAAGAGGAAAAGAUAAUAAAUUGGUUGGAAAGUUGCGAUGACGAUAACGACGAUAAUGCUAAACGUGAUACAAAGGACAUGUGUAAUGAGAAAAUUAAAAAUAAUCUGAAAGAAGCGAACAAUGUUAAUGAAAGUAGUAAUUUAAAUUUUGUAGAGAAACAUUUUGUAGAUAAUUCUAUUGCAGAGAACAAAAAUCAGGAAGAUAAAGUAUUUUAUAAAUUAAGCAAAGAUGUGAAUUUUUCAAGUUUGAAAGAGACUAAUAUUCCACAUUCUAUCGACGAUCGAGACAAAUCAAGGAAUAUAAAAUCCGAGCUAGAAUCGGCAAAAUUAAACGGAAGUGAAUCUAUUGAAAUUUUAAAAACCUCUUUUAUUUUGGAAUCCCAUAAACAAAAAUCAUUUGCGAAAAAGAGUGGUCAAAGAAAUAUCUCGGACGAUCCAGAUACAUCAAAGAAGAUUAAACCCGAAUUAUCGUUGGAAUCGUCAGAAUUAAACGACACCGAAUCUAUUAAAAUCUUAAAAGACUGUUUUGUUCCUGAAUCGCAAAAACAAAAAUCACUUCCAAGGAAGAGCGGUCAAACAAAGAUCUCGGACUUUUUUCAACGAAUAUCAUGAAUAAUAUCGAACAAUCAUUUUUUCAACAGAAUACUAGUUUGCUCUUGCAGAUUUUUUUAUUUACAAUUGUCAACGUUCUUUGUAUAUUUCUGAAUUUUGAAAAUGUAAAUAAAAUUCUGUGUAAAAUGA